AUGUUGGACUUCUCUCAGAUUCCAAAUGGCCCAGAUAUUCCAGAAGGGUACGUCGAUGUAAUUUAUGGGACAGCCGGCUUCAGAGCAAACACAGAAAAUCCACCAGGAAACUUGGAACACGUAGCCUACAGAUGCGGACUGCUUUUCGCCUCACUUCCCUUCAUAUCCGAACCAUAUUUCCAAAAAUAUUCCAGAUCAUUUAGUUUUAAUGGGUCAAUGGGACUGGGAAUUGUAGUUACAGCCAGCCACAAUCCGUGCUCAGACAACGGAAUUAAACUUUUUUCGCCAUCCGGAAGAACCUUGGAAUGCGCCUGGGAACCAAUAUUUACAUCCUUUGUAAAUACAAGGGAUCCAAUCCAGUCCACCCUAUCCAAUAUGUUCACCAAGUUCGGAUAUAAACCUAGAGAUUUAAAUCUUAACAUAUUGAUUGGAUGUGACACAAGACCAUCGUGUCUAUCUCUAGUCUCAAAUUUAACCUUGGGGAUUAAGGCGAUCUACAAACUUUUAAAUCUUACCAAUUCAAACGUUAAUUUUAUCGGUAUGAUAACAUCCCCUACAAUUUCCUACCUGCUAUCUUCUAAUACAACAUGGGCCAAGGAUGAUGAGAUGUACAUAUCGUUUUUAUCAAAUUCAUUUAAUAAGAUUUACAAUAAGUUACAGGAUUUAGGCCUGGUAGACUUUUCCCAAAAUGUUGAUAACCCAGAAGAACUAUUUUUUGAUUGCUCAUACGGAGUUGGAGGAUAUAAGGUAAUAAGGUUUUUCGAUUUAUUCAGAAAGCUCGGAAUCAUUCCAUCCAUAUGCAACUUUCAUAGGUUCGGAAAAGACCAAGAUUUAAACUAUAAAUGCGGUGCCUCAUACGUAUACUCAACAUCAUGCUUCCCACAAGCUCUAAAAAAAAGUUUUAACAUUUACUUUAACAAACGUUUCUGCUGCUUCGAUGGCGAUGCAGAUAGAGUACUUUACUACAUACCAUGUGACCCAGUACCUAAUGCUAAUGGCGAAUACACCGUGUUACAACUCCAUGGCGACCGGCUCCUUAUCGUAACUAUGAUGCUUUUAUGGACUUUUCUAGCCAAUCACAAAAAGAAACUUACCGUUGGAAUAUUCCAAACGAGAUAUUCCAACGGCUCAUCCGUUAAUUACAUAGAUGCACUGAUUGAUCGAUAUAGCUCUGAAAACAAAAACGUUUCAUGGAAACAUGAGUAUUUCAAUAGCGGCUUAAAAAAUGCCGAAAAACUUGCCGAAAAAUACGAUAUUUCAGUUUAUUACGAAACUAACGGCCACGGCAACGUUGUGUACAACAGGACUUUCCAUUCCAAAGAUUGUUAUCAAAAUCUCUCUGACCAAAGCACAAACAUUCAAUCCCCUAAAUCAUUUGAUGCGCUAGAACUUUCAUCGCUGGACACCUGCAUGACAAAUUCUACCAUUUCGUCCCUAACUGAUUUUAAGGAAGAAUUUUCUGAUACACUGCUAUUUGACUUUCUAGGGAUUUUUUUCCCAAGUGGUGAUGGUAUCAUGAAUUCCUUGUUCCUAGAACUUACAUUCAGAAUCCUCAAACUCAGUUUCCACGACUGUCUCAACUUUUACACAGAUUUCCCCUCCUCCCACUUCCAAUAUCACUUGACCCCGGAACUCAAGACAUUGUUCAGCUCCACAGCCAACGAAACCGUCCUAAAAGAACCCAAAAUUCUUCAGGACAAGAUUGACUCAAAGACAAAAGAAUUCAGUUUCUGUCGCGCCUUUCUUCGUCCUUCCGGAACUGAGGCUCUUCUGAGGAUUUAUGUGGAGGGUGAGACUCAAGAAAUCGUCCAAAACGUCCAGAAUUACAUAGUAAAUGAAAUAGACGUGUUUUUGGCCAGUCACAAACUCCUACAAUCUUGA